CUUUAUAAUUGUGCCUAAAAAUUAAUAUUAUUCAAUAUAAAAUUAAUUAUUAACAGCCAAAUUUAAAGCCCGAUCCACACCGAGAAAUAUUUGAAGGCAACAUAUGUUUCUGACAUCGUCACUGACAAAUUUUUCGAUGGUCUGGGCGGGGCUUAAGAGUUCCUUAGCCAUAAAUUACAUCAAAAAUUCCGCUAAAUCAGAUUUGUCUGUGCAAUGUGCAAAGGCCAAACUAAUGUUAAGUUAAACUCUGAAAUGCGUGAUUUGGCUAACACAAAUACUUAUAGUAAUACACAGAAAACACAACCCAAAACAUGCCAAGAACUAUGGAGAAGGUGUGAAGUAUUGGGUUCGUCAAUAAACCCAUUGGAGAGAAUCAAAUAUCAAGAAAGUGGAUGCUGUCUCUUAUCACCUAUACCUACUAUAGAUGGUUUUAAACUAUUAUCCGAGCCAUUGUUUUCCAGGAGAACAACAUUUGCACUUUAUAAAGAAGUGUUCCAUGUGGAUCAAAGAUGUACGUGUAUGCAAUUCAAUGGUAUUGAAGAAGAAUGUAAACAUCCGGAAUGCAAACAGAAUUUGAAGUGCUUAAGUUUACCCUUAGCAACAUGUUCACCAGCUGAAAAUUGGAAAAAAUAUUAUGGACAAACUUCAUAAUUUUUCAUAUACUGAUUGAACAAUAUUUAUUAUAUAAUUACUUCAUUGACCAUUGUAUAAUCAUUGAUAAUUGUAUGAUAUAGUUAUACAAUUAUAGUAUAAUUAUUGAUUAUAAAAAAAGUAAUUAUAAUAUAUAUAUAUAUAUAAUAAAUAUUAUUUCAUAAGUGU